AUGGCGCGCUUCCUUACCCUUCUCGGUCUCAUCCUCGUAGCUACCACUGCGGUCUUCGCAGCUCCAAUUCUCGAAGACAGCACUUUGAGUCCGCAAGCUGAACAGCUCUACUACAUCCGUGUAAACGCACGCAAGACACCCUGGCAUGGCCACUGGCUCACCACACUGCCUACAUCCCAACAGCUGGGGAUCGAGAACUUUACCAUUCACCCUUCAACCCCACCUCUCAGGCUGCGCCCUAUCCGCAUGACCAACCACACCUAUGCCCUUCGCAGUGGACCUAUUGGCAAUGAUCUGUCCAGGAUCCCCUACCUAGCUGCGCUGAACUCUAAGGCUGGAACACGCACCGUAAGCAUGGCGAUUGUCCACCUCCCUAGCCCGAAGCGUAGCUCGUUCAAGACCAACCCAGAUGCGUGUCCUGAGGGGUUCGAGUGCACGGCUGAUCAGUGGGUGAUGGACAAAGCUGGUAAAGAUGGCGUGUAUUCGAACAUUAGGUUUGCCGGCUUCAAGGGGAAGUGGCAGCCAUUUAACGAUGCGGCACCAGAAGGGUGGAGUGUUUAUUGGAAGGGGAAUGCUGGGUUGUAUCACCCUGUUCGGUUUGAUUUGGUUCCUUUUGCUAGAAGAGAGGAGGUGGAAGAUGAGACGGAUUGUGAAGAUUGA